AUGGCCCCGGCUCGCCGCCGCCGCCGCCGCCCCGCGCCGCCCGCCGCCCCCCACCCUCGCUCGGGCCGGGCCGCGCCGCGCCGGCCGCCGAAUCCGAGUCCGGGCCCGGCCAAACUGCUGCCGGCCCGCUGCGCUGUGCGUCCGGCCGCGCUGCCGCCUCUCCCGGCGCUUGCUGGGGCUGGCUCCUCCGGCGGCUGGGGCUACUUCUGGGCCCGCGCGGCCGCGAGGCGGGAACCGCCUCUGAAUGAGCCGGAGGCCGAUCCCCGCCGGCCCGCUCCCGGAGGCUGGAGGACCACGGGGCUGACCACACGCGCGCCGGCCGCCCUGGCCCCGGCCCCGGUCCCGGCCCCGCGCCUGCGCCUGACCGCCGUCGGUUCGCCCCCCGCAGUCCACCUGCCCGCCGCCGGCGCCCAGCGGGCCUCCCACCCCGGGCCCUCCGGACGCACGCCCGCUGUUCGCGCAGACUUUCAGGGUCCUCCCGGGCCGGGUGCAGACUCUUCCUUCGUCCACGGCUCCGGAACGGCCCCGGCGUCUCCACCCCGCCUCGCGCUGGCUAGUUCCCAUUCCUUCGCCAAACCCGCCGACGCCACCGCUGGGUUGGUUGCCCCUGCCUCUCCUCCCCGCAGCCCCUUUCCUCCCUUCUCCAACGUCAGUCUCACUCGGGUCACUGACGUCUCCGGCUUUUCUCCACUUGGAGGUUCUUCUGUCCUGAACUCGGCUACAAAGGACACGAUUUUGAGGGCUCGGUUCCGAGGCCCUGUUCCCGGCGGAGAAGAAGGUGAGAAAACCGAGCUUAAAGAGAAGAAAGAGCUUGCCCAAGGUGACACAGCCUUUGGAAUUGCACGCUGCAGGAUCUCACUGGUUCUAAGACUCCAUUUAUGAUAAGGUAUGGUGCUUAUGAGCCACUAAGAGGGGAAAAAACUAAAUUCUUAAAUAUCAUCAGUGGUAAAUCUCAUCUCUGUUUCAAUUGCUAAAAUGUAAAAAAAAAAAAAGUGCAUUUCAGAUCAAUGAUACAUUUACUAAUCCAUGUAAUCAACAAACACGUAAAGGCCUGCUCUGUGUUUGGCCUUCUUCUAGCAGCUUGGAGUAUAACAGAACAUGCUUUGCAGACAUCCAUGAAGCUAAAUAUGAAUUCCCAUGGGAAGGAUGUUGACCCACAGCAACCCUCAAAUCUAUUAUAUAUGUGUACACAUUUUGACUUGCACUGGGCUGGUUUAACGGCACCCUUCCAUACUUUUCUAGAGCUGCUCGUGCCAGUGCUAUGAGAAGAAACUGGUAUAAGUGCAUGAACAGGAAAAUGGCAUAUAUUUGGGCACAGACAUUCUGUAUGGUUGAAUAAAGGACCUGCUGGUGAAUGCAUGUUUCUCUUCCUGGAUGCUACCUGGUGGCUCCUCUCCUGCUUUCCUCUCCAUUUAGUUUCC